UGUUAUCACUCUGUCUAGCCUUUUAUGAGUAAACAUGUGAUGGAUACAGGCGAAGCUAAUUCUUCUGGAAAAGUAAAAUGGACUUUAAACAACUCUGAUCUUCCAAAGAAGGAUGCUAGGCCAAAAUAUUCGCGUAUUUCGGAGCACUUUCGGCACGUUGCACCGGGUGCUUUACAGUGUUCAAUGUUUUGCGGCGGAAAACAGUGCAAGUAUGAAAACCCUGCCAAGUUUAGAAGCGAAGAAAUGGCGAUUCAAGGACUCUAUUCCUCGUGGGUAACUCCAGACAUUUUAGCCACUGCUCGUCCAUCUACUGAAGUUAUGAGGACAUAUGCUGUCAUUGAACAGUUUUCCAGGAUGGGAAUUAAAUCAUUGAUAAACCUUCAGCAUCCAGGAGAACAUGUCAGUUGUGGCUUUGGUAUUGAUCCUGUUAGUGGCUUUUCUUAUGAUCCAGAAGACUUCAUGAAAGAUGACAUUUUCUUCUACAAUUUUGGAUGGAAUGACUAUGGUGUUCGAUCACUUGAGUCUAUUUUGGACAUGGUGAAGGUUAUGUCAUUUGCUCUUAAGGAAGGAAAGGUUGCAAUUCAUUGUCAUGCUGGACUGGGCAGAACAGGAGUACUCAUUGCUUGCUACCUUGUAUAUUCUGAUAGAAUUGAGGCAGAGGAGGCAAUUCACAAAGUACGGUCAAACAGACCCAAAGCUGUGCAGACACGAGGCCAGAUACAGUGUGUUAUUGAUUUUACGAACUUCCUAAACCAUCUUUGGGUGGUCUUUCCAUGCUGUGCUCCCAGUGCAAAGCCAUUUACAUUACAACAAUACCUCAAACGUCAGAGACUGGUUUUGCAUGGUGAGGAGGAUAGAGUCCUUAAACAUGUUCCAAAGGUGGUGUACAUUUGCUGCAGGCGACUGCUAGAGUUGGCAGGGGUUAAAAAAGAAGACGCUCCCCUAACCUGGAAAUUCUCACAGGACGCUAAAGCCGUUUCUUCUGAAGUGGAUGAUAGUUUCACCAAUAGGGACCUUGACAGAGAGACCAUUGAAGGUUCACUUUCUAGUGAUGUAGCUGACUCAUUGAGGCAUAACCCUUACGUAGAUUCCAGUCUUCCUUUAUUUGAGGGUUCUUGCAUCUAUCGUGCAGAGAGUUGUGAUGCAUUUGUAGAUGAUACUUUUAGUAACGGGGAAGGAAAAACGUUGAGACAUUCAGAUGUAACAAACCCGAGUAGACGUGGUUCAGAACUAACUGUAGUUCUUCCAGGUGAAGGAAGACCCAAUCGUGUGCAAUUAGAGCCACUAAAUGUGCCAAAAAGACAAAAAAACAAGAAAGGAAAACGAAUAAGGCCCAGUCAAAGCCUCGAAGCCACCGAUAACGAUAGAGGUGGACCAGAAGUCAACAGUGAUCGUAAUUCAUUGAAGGAAAGUGCGACGCCUAUAUCAGAAACAGACAGAAUACAAGUGGCAAAGUCUAUGGCAUCUAGUGCCUGUGUUGAUAGUGCUGUUCAUAGUCGAACAGAGAGAAUUAAGAGGAAACUUAACAGCUUCGAUUGUUGGGAAGAAGUUCUUACUGAAAGUGAUCCGUGGGUUCUAACUCGUCUUUUAUGGGCCUGGUUAGGUAGUUUGGUGGAACCAGUCCUGGGCGAGAAAGAGGUGUCACUACUGGAACAAUAUGAUGAUCCCAUAGGAGUAGUGAAGAAACUUGACCGAGGUACAAGAGACACUUUAGAAUGCCUCGUUACUACCAUGUGUAAGUUGCAGCCGUUACCAAAUGAACUUGGUGAUCGUGUCCUACGUAACAUAGCCAUGAUUCUUACCCACAACAAGGAGUUGUCCUUAACAUCAGCAAGUGCUUACAUGUCUAAAGUUCAAGAACAUGCUGAGGCAGAAUCGUCUCCUAAUCAAGGUGCAAACGAGUUACAGAGGCUUGAUGUUUCUUCAGAAUCUGAGAUACGUUCAAGAUCAUGCAGAGUGCUUUUUUUCCUAAGACAUGUGGUGAAUACUCUGCAAAGCCUUUAGAGGGGAUAAUAUUAUAAUGACAGAAACUUAGUCACUAUUUAUUAAAUCAUUUACCACGUCGUGCGGAAUGAUCUUUCGGAAGAAGGAAAACUGAAAAUUUAACUUCGCUUGAAUAGAGUAACACCUAAGAGAUGAGGAUAAACUCGAGAGAUGCGAGGAUGGGUUGGGAUGGCUUAGAUCUAAACAGAUUGAAAACGCCUUAUUUGAAAACCUUAAGGUAAGAAGCACAAACCUUGACGUAGCUUCUUUACCGACAUAGGGGACAAAGGUAUCGUUCGCCUCUCUCAUAUUUCAUAAGUUUAAUUGCCGUGAUGAAUGCUACCUAAAAAAAUACCUUGUACAUCGAGAUCUGUCAUUAAGGCUCUGGAUCCGUAAGAUUACAAGAAUUAUUGUGAACCAAAGCGUGUACGUGUAAUGAUUCAGAGCUUCCUGGUUAGUGUGGGGUAUCGCGUGGUUAAAUUUGACUUCCCGGUACGCGUUCGCACUUACCUCACGCGAUGUGUUCUUUUAAAAUUCUUAAUCGAACCUCUGCCAGCGCCCAGCAUCGAUAUUUGUCAGUCUCUUAAAACCAAUAAAGUUAAACUGCAAACUUUUGCAUUGGAA